GCGUGCGCACAGGGUAUGCAGGGUAUGCCGCUGCAUAGUCUGCGGCUUUAUGUGAGGGGCCCAUAUAUGAUAUACCAAAUCAUUUUUGAUAUCUUCUAUAUUAUUAGAAAAAAUAAUAAAAAUUUUAGUUUUCACUUUUCUCGCGACCCGCAAGAUAAUCUUAACUAUUAAAUAUUAAUACACUAAAGCGUAACACGUAGAUAUUGUUAUCUAUGUUGCAAGAAUAGAAUAAUUAUUAUUGUUUUUAUAGUUUGUAAUCAAAGACCAUAUUAUUAUUAUAACUGAGUCCGGUAUCAUGUCAACAUCGAUGUGUAAUCAUGGCAUAAUUUAAUAAGUAUUAGAUACUACUAUCAUUGUUAUAAUAUGGUACUGGUUAGUGGUUGGAUAGAUAAGCUUUAAGUUUUGUUAUCUCAUAUCUGUGAUUUUACCGCCAAACGUUACUGAUAGACAAUAGACCGUUUACCAUGAAAAGUUGAACUGUAUUUCGACGAGCCGAUGUUUUUUGACAUAAUUCGUUAAUCGUUUAGAGUGUUUAGACUAAUUUAUUCCUUAUUGACAUUAUUAAGUUCUGUUGUUAAAAUUUAAAAUGUCUCAGAAGACCAAUAAUUACCCUAGUGGUUCCACAAAAAGGAAAAAAGCACAGAAAAAAAAUGAAGAAAUAAAUAAGAUCCGAGGGUCUCUGGACAGGUUUUGUACAUAAAUCUUACAUAUAAAUGGUAAGUAAAAUAUUUUGUUUUCCUAACAAAUAAACAUUUUAUGAAUAACGUUAAUUUAAUAACUAACAUUUUUUUAAAUUGAAUCUACUUAGUUAUAACAUAAUUAUUUGAUUUUUACUUAGAAAAUACAUCUAUUGACACAGAACUUCCAUCGGAAUCUGCUGAAAAUACAUCUAUUGAAACAGAACUCCCAUCGGAAUCUGCUGAUGAAAAUAUUCUAAAAAAGCCUUUUGAUACUGUUGAUGAUUCUACUGGAGACCAAGGUAAAGCAUUUUUUUUUUAAGUGUAUACUAACGUCUAACAUGUCUAAAUGUGUUAACUAUGUGUCUAUGUUAUUUAAAGUUAAUUUAUCUGUUAAUAUGAUAUGUUAACUAACUGUUCAUUGUCAUUUUUGUUAACAUUUAAUAUGUGUUUUAUUUUGUUUGUAGUGGGUACUUAUAAGACAAUCAGUGUAUUUAAAUUAAGUGAAAUGUUGUAUUAUUAACUUACUGGUGUAUUAAUUGUGUAUGUAUGUAGCAUUGUAGCUUAUAAUUUGUAUACUAAUCAAUAAUUACUUAUAAUAAAUUAUUAAAAAUUGAUUUAUUUGUUCAUUGUUUUUAUGGUACUAUUUUUUAUAAGGUACUAAUCUAAUAUUCUCCAUACUUUAUAUUUACAUAUUAUAUAGCUUCUUAUGUUGCUUGUUUUUAUAAUUUAAUAGUAGGUACAUAGUACAUUUGAAAUUGUCCUGGUGGUUGAUAUCUUAGAUAUAGAAUAUAUGUGCUAGGUAUUUAUGUUGUUAUUUUCAUUGUUGAAUUUUCUAUUUGCUAACAUUAAGGUAACUAUAAAUUAUAGGCACUAUAGUCAACAUAAAUCAAACACAGUGUACAAGUUCAGGCCCAUUAAUUCACCCUGACGACCCUUCAAAUGUUUUUACAUCAUUUCGACUUGAACUAAAAGAAAGAGUUAUUCGAGGUCCAUAUCAACCAGAUAUUAAAUUAUUUCCCAGGACAAAAAUAGGUCAAAAUUAUAGAAGCUUUCAAAAAAAAUGGUAUGAUUGUUUUAAAUGGUUUGAAUACAGUGUAUCAAAAGAUAAAGCCUUUUGUUUUCCUUGCCGUAUGUUUUUAAAUUCUGGAUCAAAUGUAGGACAGGCUGAUACAACUUUCUCUAAAACUGGAUUUAGUAAUUGGCAUGUGGCAACUACAAGUUUCAAAACUCAUUAGAUGUCUAAAUCGCACAUUAGAAGUACUUCAUCCAUGACAUUUUUUUUAAAUUCUCAAUCAAUUGACAUUGCAUUAAAUAAAUCCCAAGAGCUUGAACUUUCAAGAAGAGAAAUGCAGCGCUUAGCCAAUAGGAAUAUAAUGCAUCGUUUAGUAGAUAUAAGCUUAUGUUUAGCUAAAAAUGGUAAGCCAUUUAGGGGACACAACGAAAAAAUAGAUAGUGUUUCUAAAGGUUUAUUUUUAGAAAUGAUUAAUAUUUUAAAAAAGUAUGACUCAGUAUUAAAUGAUCACUUACAAAAUUGUCCCAAAAAUUCUAGUUAUUUAAGUAAUCAUAUCCAAAAUGAUAUCAUUACUUCUAUUCAUAAUGUAUUGAAACGAAAUAUUGCUGCUAAAUUAAGUAAUCGGACUGUCUCAAUAAUUGCUGAUGAAACAACUGACUGUGGUCAUUAUGAACAACUUUCCAUAUGUGUUCGUUACUUUGAUGAAAAUGAAAAUCGUCCACAAGAGCUAUUUAUUGGGCUUAAAAAAAUGUCUUCAGUAAAUGCGCAGUCUAUUUUCGAUGCUCUUACAGAUGCCACAAACCAGGUCGGGAUAGAUUGGCAAUCAGUUAUUGCUGUUUGUUUUGAUGGUGCUGCAACAAUGUCUGGCCAUUAUAACGGAGUUCAGGCCAAAGCAAAAUUAUCAAAUCCUAAUAUAUUUUAUGUUCAUUGCUAUGGACAUUGCUUAAACUUAAUACUCGUCGAUUCGUUAGGAAAAAAAAACCAUGUUAUAUUUAAUUUCUUUGGUAUUAUUCAAAUGCUUUAUAGUUUUGUGGAAGGUAGUCCAAUUAGACAUGCUAUUUUAGAAAGGGUAUCCAAAGAAAUGAAUAUUAAACUAAAAUCACUUAAAACUUUGUCUACAACAAGAUGGGCUUGUCGAGCGGAAGCCAUUCAAGCAGUGAAAAAUAAUUAUUCAGUCCUCCUUCAAUGCUUGUCAGAGAUUUCGAAGACUUCUAAUUUAUCGGAAAUUAAAGUAAAAUCAAGUGGCCUUAUAAAACAAAUGAAAACAUUUAAUUUCAUAUUUUCCCUUAACAUGCUAAAUCCAAUAUUACUUUUGGUGCAAAAAGUAAGUUCAACUUUACAAUCGUCUGACUUGGACCUUUUAACAGCUGUUUCAAUGGUCCAAUCACUUAAGUCAUCUUUAAAAAACCUCAGAACGGACGAUGACAGUUUUAAGGAUGUAUAUGAAGAAACUAUUAAGAUUUGUAAAGAAAACAAAAUUAUAAUACCUGAAGUGAAAAAAAGAAAACUAUCUGCUAAAAUUGAUCAAAAUUCUUCUAACUUUACUGCGGAAAACAAAAUGGACGAAAUGAAAUGGUUUGUAUUUUAUCCAACUUUAGAUGAAAUGCUUUCUGGGAUAGAAAGACGUUUCAGUCAAGAAACUUUAAAUUUAAUUAAUGCUACAGGAAAUUUAAUUCAAUUAAAGCUUGAUAGUAAUGAUAUUUCAAUGUUAAAAGAAAAAUUUAAUUUGGAUACUACAUUUGAGUCUGAAAUUAAGCUCAUUAAAAAUAUGUCUGAUACAACUUCUAUUAGAGGGUCAUCAAUUAAAACAAUUGUAGCGUGGCUGAAUUGGUUAUCAGAAAACGACCGGAAAACAACAUUUAGAAACUUCAAUAAAGCAUUAACACAAUUUGCCACAAUACCUGUGACAAGCUGCUCGUGUGAGAGGGCCUUUUCCAAAUUGUCCAUUGUGAAGUCUAAACUUAGAAACACUAUGUCACAAGAACGUCUUGAUUCACUGAUGUUAAUAUUUAUCGAACAAAAAAUGGCAUCAGAAAUAAAUAUUGAAUAAGUGAUAGAUGAAUUUAAAACAUGUGUGCCGAUAAAAAGAAGACUUGAACUUUUGAGUUUUGAUUUUAAGUACUUUCCGUGAAAUAACAACAUUAUUUAUAUGUACAAAUUAUUCAAAAAUAUUCAUACUAGUAUAUAGGUACUUGAUCAAAUUUUCUUUAAAUAAAUAUAAUUCAAAUUUCAAACUACUUAUUUCUACAGCGCGUUGUUUAAUAUUCUACUGUAAAACUAUGUGAUUUCAGAUUCCGAGGGAAGCAUAAAAGCUAAGUAGUAUAUUUUCAAAAACUUAGAUUGUAAAUUGAAUCCUAUAUGUGUUAAAAAAAAUGUUUAACGGCUUAGAAUUGUUUUUUAGAAUAAAUUAAGGAAAGAUUAGAAUUUGUGAGGGGGCCCUAUUUUCCUUAUUGCAUAACCUGCGAAUAAAGUCUGCGCACG